AUGCAGUCUGACGACGAGUCCCAAUCUCCUCCCUACACACCCCUCUCCAACGAUCACAUCCACGUCCCCGAAUCCAGAGACGGCUUCUACGGGUACACUGACGAGAAGAGCCUGCAACACAUGGAGGAAAAGAGAUGGGCGCACCGCCGUGCUUCGGACGUUUCCGUCGUCGUCACAGAUGGUGGUGCACAGGUCGCCGGAAGCCUCAAACUGACUGCUAUUCCGGAGCCGCAGAUACCACGCAAGCCUGGAGAACCCACCUAUGUACCCCCCUUUUACAAAGGAGAAGAUAGAACUCGUACUGCCGAGGCCCAGGCCCAGAUACAUAUCACGCCCGAGUAUGCACGGGUUUUCCAGCUAUUCCAGAGGGCUCUGGAGUUGCGCGACAAGUACAUAUUCAAGUCACUCCAAAGGCUAGGUGAUGAUCCCAGACAUCACGACGACCAUUUCCAUGGUAUCACUGAAGGAUAUGCCGAUGUCGCCGGAGUUAAACCCGAUGCCAACUUUGCAAAUUCUCGAACAGAGCACAUCACUUACCAACCCUGGAAAAUCUACCCCAAACCUCCGCCACCGCAUUGGCGCUUCAGCCCCAAGAAACGAGCCGCGGCAACAGCCGAUGGCCUCGACAGCUUCGAGGAGGAAGAUUUCGAGUUUGAUAAGUGUGACCUCUCAGGUCCCCAUGAAUGGACAUUUAAACUAGACGACAAGGGCGUAUACCAGGUAUAUCCUGAAGAUGGAGCAGAGAAAACCCCGAUCUUUGAUAUUCCAACCAUUCGCGAGUACUUCGUUGACCUUGAUUUCGUGCUCUCAGUCAUCUCCGAUGGUCCUGCCAAAAGCAUUGCGUACCGCAGGCUAAAAUACCUUGCAAGUCAAUUCGAGAUGUACAGCCUACUUAAUGAAUCUCAGGAGCUCGCAGAGAUGAAAGUAGGAGAAUCUCUCCCUUCCCGAAAAUAUUUCUACAACGUUCGCAAAGUUGAUACCCACGUGCAUCUCGCGAGUUGCAUGAACCAGAAACAUCUUCUGAGGUUCAUCAAAUCCAAGAUGAAGCGCAACCCAGACGACGUGGUCAUCUUCCGUGACGGCGCUGAAUUAACUUUAGAGCAAGUUUUCCAGUCACUGAAUUUAAGCGCAUACGACCUUUCCAUCGAUACACUUGAUAUGCAUGCACACCAAGAUUCAUUCCAUCGGUUUGACAAGUUCAAUCUAAAAUAUAACCCUAUUGGAGAGUCACGGUUGCGGGAAAUAUUUUUGAAGAUUGACAAUAAGAUUGACGGUCGCUACUUCGCCGAACUCACGAAGGAGGUUAUGACAGAUUUAGAACAGAGCAAGUAUCAGAACUGCGAAUGGCGUGUUAGUAUUUAUGGCAGAUCCGAGGACGAGUGGGACAAGGUUGCGAGAUGGGUAGUGAACAACAAGCUGUACUCCCACAACGUUCGUUGGCUCAUCCAAGUGCCGAGACUGUAUCAUGUCUACAAACAAAGUGGCUCUGUGAAAACAUUCGAGGACGUCGUCAUUAAUGUGUUCAAGCCUUUGUUCGAGGUGACGAAAGACCCAACUUCCCACCCGGAACUCCAUGUAUUCCUUCAACGAGUAGUCGGCUUUGAUAGCGUGGAUGACGAAUCAAAGGCCGAACGCCGAAUUCAUCGUAAGUUUCCAUAUCCCCGUCUUUGGGACUUGGACCAGAACCCUCCGUUCUCGUAUUGGAUCUAUUAUAUGUAUGCCAACAUGGCUAGCCUCAAUCACUGGCGGCAGGCGCGCGGGCUUAACACCUUCGUGUUCCGGCCGCAUGCUGGGGAGGCCGGGGACACAGACCACCUUACGGCCGCCUUCCUUACAUCCCAUUCGAUCUCUCAUGGAAUUCUUCUCCGGAAGGUCCCCGCACUACAAUAUCUUUUUUACCUCAGGCAGAUCGGCCUGGCGAUGAGCCCUCUCAGCAAUAAUGCCCUGUUUUUGACUUACGAACGCAACCCUCUCCCUGACUUCUUCAAGGUGGGACUCAACGUCAGUCUGAGUACGGAUGAUCCUUUGCAGUUCCAUUUCACUAAGGAACCGCUGCUCGAGGAGUACAGUGUCGCAGCCCAUAUUUACAAGCUCCCACAAAGUUCCUUAGCCGAAUUGGCCCGCAACUCCGUCAUACAAAGCGGUUUCGAAAUGGAAGUUAAGCGCCACUGGCUUGGCCAGGAAUGGUACCUUCCUGGAGCUGCUGGAAACGACAUUCACAAGACGAACGUUCCUAACACUCGCCUUGCUUACCGUCAUCGGACGCUGGUCGAGGAGCUGCAAUUGGUCAACCAGAAGGUUGGCAUUCCCAUAUCUUGA